AUGGCUCGUGUUUCCUUCAUCGCUCUACUCGUCCUAGCUCUGUCGUGCGCCGCAUGCGUGUCGCGGACAUCUGCGGCGAAAGUGGUUCGCGAUGGAACUCUUCAGUGGACUCUCAUCACGCAGGCCCUGCAGAAGGGAGGCCAGCACAGCACCUAUCUUUCCAUCGUCAACAAAGCAGGCACGAAGUUUAUCACAGACUACCUCUCCACCUCCACCACUGGCUUUACCUGCUUUGUGCCAACAAACGCGGCGUUCAAAGUUCAGAUGUCUACCGUCCUGAAGCCAUUUGCCAAGAGCGCGACGACUCUCCAGGACCUUCUGAAGAACCACAUGCUCAACUUCCAGGCCCUGCCCCCGCGCUUCGUCGCCGACAAGGUCGGCCAGGGAUACACCACGUUCCGCCCCAACGGUCAGAUUCAGAAGUACCAGGGUGCCGGCAAGACUAUUAGCCUGGGCCCGCAGUUCGCGCAGCAGGGCACGCAGCUCGCGAACAUCACCAAGGCAACGUGCGUGUCCGUGUCUGAUAAGAUGCUGGCGCUCGGCACGUCCGAUGGCUGCGUGCAUGUGCUCGACCUGCUCGGUAACCAGGUAAAGCAGUAUGAAUCACACAAAGCACCUGUGCGGGCAGUGGUGUUUGACGCAGCAGUGAACCACAUCGCCUCGUGCGCGCACGACGGCUCGCUCGCCAUCCACGGGCUCUUCUCCCCGGACUGCCUGCUGCUCAAGUACCGCCUCCCACUCCUCGCCCUCGCUCUGCACCCCUCCUUCGGCUCCUCGCGCCGCUCCAGGCAGUUUGCCACGGGCGGGGAGGCUGGGGAGCUUGUGUUGAACUCCAAGGGGUGGCUUGGGGCUUCGGAUCAG